AUGGCUACUCCGUACAAGUACCUUCUAAAUACAGAAAACUAUGGCCCCAUCUGUGACCUUGUCAAGCAGAUAAGCGCCAAAAUCGAAAAAAAUGAGACCAUCUUGAGCAAGGUCACCCGGUCGCUCGACUCCCAGCUUGAGCUUCCCCUUCUUCCGGGAGAAGAACCACAAUCGCCACAAGACUCACAGCAACACAGCGACAGUCUACGAACGCUCAUAGACACAAAGUAUAAAGCGGAAAAUGAUAGCGAAGCCAAGUUUGAUGAUGUCCAGGACCCACGGCUCCGGCAAUUGCUCGUGGACACCGAAUCACUAGCGCAAUUGCACCGAGCUAAAGUGGAGCGCAACCGCCAGCUUUUUAAGAUCCAUCAGGAUUACGAUGACCUAAUCCGACUCGUGGUUCUCCCCGAGCUCACCAGGCGUGUUUGCGAGUACAACAUGAAAACGCUUGGGGACAUGAAGGAGAACAAAUUGCAUGAGAAAUUGGCCCUUGACGGGCAGGUGUGGGACAAGUAUCAACAGUAUGUGGCCAACUUGGAUAAGAUAUAUGCCAUUGUGGAAGCCAUGACGCGUGUUUUGCAGACCGUCGUAGAAGGAAAGGAAAACGAGAGACUCGAGCAGCAGCUACUUAUCGUGGAGAGGUUGACAGUAGCAGCACGACAGAGGCACAAGGCACUAGCGCGGCCGCCCGUGAGAGUAGAACAUUGA